AAACGUAACCACCGAAGCCAAACCCACCAAUCCAAUCCCCUCAAUUUAUUCCUCAUCAAUGGCUCCUCCUCCUCCUUAUUCUCCAUCGUCUCCCCACCCCCUCCUCGGCCCCCCCGAAUGCCGCAACCCGCCGCCGCCUCCCGAAGCCCGGCCCGCUCCCACCGACCCCUUCACCGACCUGAUGGUCGCCAACUUCAACCACGACGGCCACGGCAACUGGCCUCGGAAGGGCUACACAGAGAACAACUCGGCCACGUUCUACUCGACCGGCAACCCGUGCCUCGACUUCUUCUUCCACGUGGUCCCCGACACCCAGCCCGAGUCCCUGACCCAGAGGCUCGAGUCAGCCUGGGCCCACGACCCGCUUACCGCCCUCAAGCUCGUCUGCAACCUCCGGGGCGUGCGCGGGACCGGGAAGUCGGACAAGGAAGGCUUCCAUGCUGUGGCAAGGUGGCUAUUCAAGAACCACCCCCGCACCCUGGCCUGCAACGUUGGGGCAUUCGCGGGGUUUGGAUACUUCAAGGACUUGCCGGAGAUCCUCUACCGCCUCCUCGAGGGCCCUGACAUCAGGGCGAGGCAGAAGCGCGAGUGGCAACAGCGGAAAGGCACCAAAAUUGGGAGGCGAUUCCGAUGCCACAAUAAAUCCAGAAGAAAGAAAGGGAGAAAUAGCUCGAGGGCGGCCACAACUUCGGUGCCAAAGGAAGUGAGGGUCGCAAACUCGGCAGCGCGUGACCGGGAGCUGAAGCAGAAGGCAAGCGAGAUGAGGAACGAGAAAAGGAUCGCCAUGUCAAUGAAGCUCCUGGAGCGGUACAAGCGUGACGGAGACUUUCGGUUCCUCCACGACGCGGUGUCUGGGCACUUCGCGCAUUGCCUGACGGCUGACAUGGAGUUCCUGAAAUCCGGUGAGACCAACAAGAUCAGCCUCGCAGCCAAGUGGUGCCCGUCGCUCGACUCGUCCUUCGACCUAGCGACGCUGCUCUGCGAGAGCAUUGCGAAACGGGUCUUCCCGCGGGACCGGUUCCCUGAGUAUGAGGGCCUCGAGGAGGCGCACUACGCGUAUAGGGUCCGGGACCGGCUCCGGAAGGACGCCCUCGUCCCACUCCGGAGGGUCCUGGAGCUGCCGGAGGUGUACAUGAGUGCGGGGCGGUGGGGCGACGUCCCGUACAACCGGGUCCCCUCCGUGGCCAUGAAACUCCACAAGAACAAGUUCAUGAAGCACGACGGAGAGCGGUUCCAGAGCUACCUGGCCGACGUGAAGUCCGGGAAGGCGACGAUCGCUGCCGGCGCACUGCUCCCUCACGAGAUUGUAGCCUCACUCAACGACCCAGACGGGGGCGAGGUCGCGGAGCUUCAGUGGAGGAGGAUGGUGGAGGAUCUAUCCAAGGAGGGGAAGUUGGAGAACUGCAUCGCUGUGUGCGACGUUUCGGGGAGCAUGUCAGGUACGCCGAUGGAGGUGUCAGUGGCGCUCGGGCUGUUGGUGUCGGAGCUCAGCCAAGAGCCGUGGAGGGGCAAGGUGAUCACAUUCAGCGAGUGCCCUCAGCUCCACGCCAUACGAGGCGACGGCUUGCGCUCCAAGACCGAAUUCAUCAGGAGGAUGGAAUGGGGCAUGAACACCGACUUCCAGAGGGUGUUCGAUAGGAUACUAGAGGUGGCCACCGCGGGGAAGCUGAGGGCUGAGGAGAUGGUGCAGAAGGUGUUUGUGUUCAGCGACAUGGAGUUCGACCAGGCGUCCUCGAACCCGUGGGAGACGGACUACGAGGCGAUCGCGAGGAAGUUCAGGGAGCGCGGGUACGGGGCGGCGGUGCCGCAGAUCGUGUUCUGGAACCUGAGGGACUCGAGGUCGACGCCGGUGGGGGCGAAGCAGGCGGGGGUGGCGCUGGUGAGCGGGUUCUCGAAGAACCUGAUGAAGAUGUUCCUGGACAAGGCGGGGGACAUAAGCCCCGUGGCCGUCAUGGAGGCCGCCAUCUCGGGCGAGGAGUACCGAGAACUGGUCGUGGUUGAUUGAUUCAGUCCUUUCUUUUGUUUACUUAGGAGUCUUGGGAAAGAACGACAAAAGCCAGCGAAGACCGGGCUGC